CGUUCGAUUAUGUAACGUCGGUCGGAUAGGAUUUAGACUUGUUUUGACGGUUGCGAACGUAAUAACGCGUCGUAAGAACUCGGCUGGAAUCAUGUUCAGUUUCCUUGGACUUCGUAAAGACUCAAAGAAAUCAUCAACCGAGAGAGAAGCAGAUGGAGGCUUUGUUAUUAUUGGUGAGACGGUUGAGGAACAGAGGCAGAAGGUCCAACCCAUGAACUUCACACAGCUGUCAACCAAUGUAGUUGUGCACCCAUCAAAGUCAUCUUGCGUAAGCCCAAGUCCACCUGCCGAGGCUGAUAAGCUCCCUACAGCUUCACCUGUCACGGUACUGACACCAGAUCCUCCGGCUGUGGAUGCUACCCCAUCCCUUCCAGAUCUCCUUGGGGAUGUCCCUUUCACACUGGCACCCCAUGUGCUGGCCAUGCAGGUGGGGUUCCCCCUAAACCCUGAUGUGCUGCUUUCUCUGGACACAAACUAUAAUCUGGCCAAUUUCCACUAUGACUUCACCCUGGAGAACUCCGUGCUCUGUAGCCUGUAGUCCCUGAUCUGUCAGAAAAUCCCUGUCUGGACUGUCGGGGGAGCUGUUGUUCAUCCAUUACAGAUUGUAGUUAAACAUAAGCAAGGUUCUGAUCCAAUAAGAGUACAUAUGGCAGUCUGGUGUUGUUGAAAUUGCACAAGGCAUGCAGAGAGAACACCAUAUAAGAACAGCAUAAAGUAACUAAGGUGGACAAUUGUUAAUUUGAUCUUGUCAUUUCAUUGCAUAGGCUGAAGGUAUUCCUGUUGUAGCGAACAUGUACUUAUUUGUUCUAGAAUAUGUAAAUAAUCUAGCAUACAGCAGAGAUGUUGAGGAUGUGCUCCAACCUAAAAUCACAACUUCUACCUUUGAUCAUCACUUCUACUUUUCGCUUCAACUUCUGUCUUUGACCACUUGAAUUAAGUACAUUGAUCAAAACUCUUUUGCAUUAAUGGGACAUUUUGCAAAUGAACAAAGUAAAUUCCCAAAUAACAUCAUAUGAUCAUUAAGUAUUUAACAAAGUUGUGGCAUGAAGACUAAGGUCAGGUCCCUUGAAUCAUUGGUUACAAAAUAAUUCUAACAUAUGGAGGUCGUUUCAAUGAUACAACAAUGUGUAUGACUAUUUUCUACAAACUAGGCUUACUGUCCACACCAAAAACUUUUAAUUGGAAAUAGUGUUGUCGUCAUGUGUUGUCCACACUUUUUACAUUUUAUUGGCUGGAUCAGAUCAGUGGGCCAGCCCUACAAAAUGCAGAUCUCCCUAACUGACUAACUGACUGACUGACUGACUGACUUGAGUGAUCGGUUUGACACGACUGGGCCCCAGGAUCAGGUGACUGAUGGUAAACAUGGAAGUGGGAAUUUGCUCUGCCAAAAUGAAUCGGCGCAGCAUGCUAACGAACGGAAUAUGUCGCUGCGUGUGGAUACUACUGAAAUGCUGAGGACGAAAUAUUUUGCUGUUCUUUCCACAUCUGGUUACCCACUGUAACAGUCCAGCAUAGAACAGACCAGGAGAGAAACCAGCUCUCCAUGCACCAAGAGGCGUGCCGGAGAGCGCUCAGUUAAAGCACUUAAGGAACGAUCACUCUGAUAAAACACUCACAGGCGAAUUCACAAAGAAUGGAGUGCGGUGGCUGAUGGCACCAUGAAGUGCACAUCAUUUGCAACCGUUACCUGCCCCAUCUGAAGGGUCACAAAAGAUAUUGCACUAAGGAUAUUACAGCGCAAACACGCCCAUGAAGUUUCGCAGCUGAGUGCAGUUUACUCUUGUUUUGCGUCUGAUUGCAGUUACCCAUGUGGUAGGGUAUAAAUGGUGGCUUUACACCAAGAACACAAUAGACAGGUUCAAUGUCAUCAAGUGUAGUGAGGAUUGUUAGACCUGGCAACCUGUAUCUGCCAAUGAUUUCGGUCUCAGUUAAAUCAAAAAGUGAUAGUCCGCUUCGAAAUAUCCACUCACUAGCACGCCUGGCAUGACGAUGUCUUCGCCUGGCAACACCCACUGCUGCCACGAUCCCUGGAGAGUCUGGGCGUCAGUUUCCACCACCUCCCUGAAGACGCUGAUCAUGUUCACUCUACCUGCGUGUGGCUGUUAGUGCUGGUGUUUGUGAAUUGGGACUAUUUUCACAAUGAGGCUCAUUUGCAUAGAAAGCGGCCAAUUUUGUGCCAAAAUAUAUGCAUAUUACUUCAUUUAAAUACGUUCAAAUGGCACCGGAGCACCGAGACGCUAUUUGCUUGGCAGCACAGUUCGGGGUGCAUUGUAAUUCCCACAGCACCCUUUGUGGGGGCUGUGGGAAUUACACGGUUUCCUUUUGUCGUAUUUUGUGCAAGUUUAGCAGCCGCAAAAGCCGCGCAAUCCUUUUGUGAAUUCGCCCGUUGAUAGGGUGAGAAAGACAUCCGCAGGUAGAAACAGAUUAGACAGGAGGGGCAGGGGGAGUCAACAGACAAUUAAAAUAGUUAUAAUUACAAUUAAAUGAUCUUUCAAAUCAAACGCCCCAAGUGGAAGUGGAAAGUGUUGUUCUUGUAACUGCAUUUACAUCCCUUUUUUUUUCUUUUCUUUUCUUUUUUUACUUGAAUGUAGCUUAACCCUGUCAUGUGAUGUGCUACUUCAGUACACUUUAACAACACAUGUUACUGGGACAACUACACAAGAUUGCAGAGGAACGUUUAAUAUCCAGGAUUUCACAUUACAGACACCACCAUUGACUGCUCCUGUAGCAAACUGGCCACAAUUAUAAACGCUGACCAUACAUGCUCCAGCCAUAUACUGGGUUUUGACCUAGUCUUGUUUUUAAGAACUUUUAACACACACACACACGCAC